CUGGCGUCCCUGACCCUGUUGAUAUUUUUGCCAAAUUUCUGGAUUUUGGAAUGGCAGGCACAGAACUAUCGGAAGUUCAAGGCUUGUUGAAAGAGCUACAACUGAAUGUGACAGAGCUGACCUCAGAAUGGAAUAUCUUCAAGCAUGAAACUACCAAUCACCAGGUAUAUAACAAGGCAUUUACCCCAGUGAAGAAGACGGCGCUCAAGGACUUGCAGACGGAGAUCAAAACCUUAAAGAAUAAUCUCAAUCAGACAUUGACUUUUGACCUCAUCCAGUCUCUUGCCAAGGAGCAGGAGCUUGAGCAAGCUCUGGAAUACAGUUACAUCCAAACAGAUGAGACACAGAAGAAAUGUGACCACUGGAAAGCUAGACAUGAUUCUACUAGAUUACUCUAUGAACAAGAAAGAAAGGAGAAGUUGUCCCUAAAGAGUGAGCUAUCUAAGAUGAAUCAACGUGUAUCAAUGCAGUCUGAGUACUGUGCAGGUAUGGGAGCCAUCUGCUGUACACUCCUAUGGAGAGCUUCACAACACCAACAAACUAUCCCAGCUUUACUCAUCGGCUCCCAGAUGGAGAAUUUCAUGUCAGUGGUGUGUCAUACUCUAGAAAGCUUCAUGGCUACGUAUCAAUCUGAGGAUUUGCCUUCAGAGCAGAGUGAAGAACUUCAGUUCGUAAUGGCUCUAUGUGGAACAGUAACCAACAUUGCUGCAUCAAGCGAAGGGAGAGAGUACUUGUCGACCAACCCUAACUGUGCUCAGCUGAUCCGCACAUUCACUGCACUGCUAGCUUCACCAUCAUCUGAAACACUCAACAAACUCAAAAAUUUGCUUCUGAUGUCAUUGUAUAAUCUGAGCAUCAACCACAAAGGACUUCAAGCUCUCAGCGAUACCAAGGAUAUCAUCUCUUUACUUGUUUCUAUCUUACAAGGAGAAAAGCAAGCUGAUUUAAGACUUCACACGUUGCUACUAAUUCAGUCCCUCAUCAUGGAAAACACCCAACGAUCCAUACUCAUUGAUGUCAAACGAAAGCUUUCAAUGGAUCUCCUCCAGCAGCUAUCCCAUGAUGCAUCAGGAGAGGUCACAGAGGUCAUCGCUGACAUCAUUCAGAUCAUAAAGUCAUUUGAUAAACAUGAACCCUGAUUUAAUAACUGUUAAUGUGAAGCAAGUUAUAUACAUGAAGCACCGUCCCACAAUGCAUUGAAAGGUCAUGGAUGUAAUUACUGAUGAACCAUCUGAUAGUAAACCAAGGGCCUUUUCACACGGUACCAAAAUCGUAAUUUGAAUGAUGAUUCCAGUGAAAAAUAAUUCUGACGAUUUUUAGCACAUUUGAAACCAAACUAGAAUCACGAACGCUAAUCAAAAUCACAAAUUAAAAGUCUACUCCGGAGGUGAAUUCCCGUUAAAUUUCACUCUAAUUAAGGUACAAAUUUUACGUCUGAAAGGGUUGACCUCCAAAACAUCGGAGCUUACGUGACCUUUCACGCACUUCCGUAGAUAAUACAAUUGUCAUGCACUGAUCGUAGUUUCGUUUUUGCGAUGCAGUGCUUUGAUUGGCUUUGAUUGACAAGUCACCAAGGACACGAUACCGCCUUCGCUCAGGAAUUCGAAUCCAAAUCAGUUUUUGACUGAACGUGUGAAUGGUACAAUGAUUCGAAAGACAAAUUGCAAUCAUCUUCACGAUGAUUCAAGAUUCUCGAGUGAAACUACCCAAGUGGAUACAACCUCAAGGAAUACUUUGAUUUCAGCUAUGUUUCACAGCCAUGUUAUAACUUGGAAUGGAAGAGUAAAUUUACAUAUAUAUUUGUGAUUUUAAGAAAAUGGUAUGUUUCCAUGGAUUCCACCUUUUUUAAUCUUGACUUUGGAGUAAUUUUCCAUAUAGAAUAUACAGAACGAAGAAUGGCAGAACCUUUUCUGAUUUAAAAAAAAAUUAAAAAUGAAUUGGUAUUUUGAGCUCUACUACAAUAGAAAUUGCAAUAAAACCUUGGUAAUCUUCAACCCACAUAAGUCUUUAUUUGUAUACAGGUGUGUUAUACACGUACCUUUGUUGUUGACUUGAAUUACACCAAGUAUAAACAUGAAAAUGUAAUUAAAGCAUUCACCAGAUUGCAGGAUUUUUACCCAAAAAAAUAGCAAUAAAAAUAAGAGAACACACCCUCCCUCUGAUUCCCUUUAUAGGGGUUAUUUAAACUCAUUUUACAUGCCUGGAUUUUGUGGUGGUUAUGAGAACCUGUGAUGACAUAUCUGACCAGCAACAUAGUCAUAGAUACCAGUGGCAAAGAAUUUCAUUUACGACAUCAAAUGGAACUUUAAAGAAACACCCCUCCCUUUAACAAUGAACAAAUAAAAAAGGCGAAAUACAUAACUUAUUGUUUUAUCAAUUUAAUAUUUUGCAGCACUGAUAAUGUUAAUACAGUGUACUACAUAGUGCAUCAUCACUUGGGUUUUGAAAACUUGCAUCUCAAGAUUUUUUAAAUUUGAGGGCAGCUUUAUAAAA